UGGCCAGAAUAAUUGUAGUAAUUCUUUGGAUUUAGUUUUUUUUCCGGUAAAUAUUUCUCAGAAUUUAGUUGAAAAGUGAGAGCUUCAAAAGAGGUCAAGUGGUGUAUAUGAUAAAGGCCAAACUGAUACAAAAACAAACAGGUCCUCAGCUUCACAGUUCCUUCGAAAUUGAAUUAUCGCGGGAACUCCAAAAUCACCACCAAUCCAGGCAAUGCUAACAAUCAUCUCACCACAGACCUCUCUCUUUCAAUUACCUUGCCUUUUGGACAUUCAACCACCCAAAUCAUCAAAACCCAGAAAAAACCUGAACACAAGAGAUAGUUACAACACAUAUUCCUCAAAAUUUCGUUGUUUUUCCUUCAAAGACCCAUCUUUUUCAUUCAAUUCGCCAAAUUCUAGCAAUUUUUCAAGCUCCCAGGAAAACCCAGAUGCCAUUUUCCCGAGUUCUUCGUCUAAUGAUCAGUUCUUUGAUUCCGGUGUGCUUGGAUCUUGGCUUCAGUCUUGUUAUACGGUAAGAGAUGUUAAUAGGACACAUGCGAUUGUUCUGAAGUGUUUGAAGGACCCACUUGUAUAUGUUGACAAUAAUUUGAUCAGUGCUUAUGCUAGAUUCGGGAAGUUAGUUGAAGCUCGUAAGGUGUUCGAUAAAAUGUUGGAACCAAAUGUUGUGUCUUGGACUGCUGUUCUUAAUGGGUACUUGAGAUUCGGGUUAGAUGAUGAAGCUAUAAAGUUAUUUAGUGAGUUUGUUGAGAAAGGGAUUCGAGCGAAUCCGAAGACCUUUGUUUGUGUUUUGAAUUUGUGCAGUAAGAGACUAGAUUUUCAGCUUGGGAAACAAAUUCAUGCUUGUAUUAUAAAAGGUGGUUGUAGUAAUCUGAUUGUAGAUAGUGCAAUUGUUUACUUCUAUGCACAAUGUGGUGACCUGUUUGGUGCAUUUCGUGCAUUUGAUAGGAUGCCAGAGCAGGACGUAGUUUGUUGGACGACAAUGAUCACUGCUUGCUCACGACGGGGGUGGGGGGAGGAGGCUCUUGAGAUGCUUUCACAAAUGCUAUCUGAUGGAUUUUCCCCUAAUGAGUUUACCGUUUGUAGUGGUCUGAAGGCUUGUGGAAAUGAGGGCGCUUUGAAAUUUGGGAGACAAUUACACGGGGCCGUAGUUAAGAAGAUAUUCAAAAAUGAUGUUUUUGUAGGGACUUCAUUAGUGGAUAUGUAUGCAAAAUGUGGGGAGAUUGGAGAUUCUAGGAAAAUCUUUGAUGGACUGAGGAAGAGAAAUACAGUUACAUGGACUUCCAUUAUAGCAGGAUAUGCUCGGAAUGGACUUGGUGAAGAGGCUAUAAGACUAUUUUGGGUAAUGAAAAGACGAAAAAUAUUUGCUAACAACUUGACCAUGGUAAGCGUCCUUAGGGCAUGUGGCUCAAUUGGAGCUUUACUCCUAGGAAAGGAAAUUCAUGCUCAAUUACUCAAGAAUUCUACUCAGAGCAAUAUUUACAUUGGAAGCACUCUUGUGUGGUUCUAUUGCAAAUGUGGGAAGUACUCUCUUGCGUCCAAGGUCCUUGAAGAGAUGCCUCUUAGGGAUGUCGUUUCAUGGACUGCCAUGAUUUCUGGUUGUGCUCAUUUGGGACAUGAGUACGAGGCUCUUGAAUUCUUGAAAGAAAUGUUGGGGGAAGGUGUCGAGCCAAACCCUUUUACCUAUUCAUCAGCGUUGAAAGCAUGUGCUAGAUUAGAAAAUAUUCAACAGGGCAGGUUGAUUCACUCCUCUGUAAACAAGACCCCUGCCUUGGCUAAUGUGUUUGUGGGCAGUGCUUUAAUUUUUAUGUAUGCGAAAUGUGGAUAUGUUUCAGAGGCAAUCCAAAUUUUUGAUAGCAUGCCAGAACGGAAUUUGGUUGCUUGGAAGGCUAUGAUUGUGGGUUUUGCCAAAAAUGGACUCUGCCAAGAGGCUUUGAAGCUCAUGUACCGAAUGCAAGCAGAAGGUGUUGAGGUGGAUGAUUACCUCCAUGCAACAGUUCUUUCUUCAUGUGGAGAUGUUGAAUGGAGUAUGGAGCCUUCAUCUGAGCAUUGCUUGCAAUCAAUAUGAUCAUUGAUCAAAACUGGAUUCCGGUUUUCAAUUUGAAACUCUCAACGAAAUUAUAGAUGGCUGCCUAGAUCAAAGCUACAGUCUUUAAAUUGAAGAAUAUUGUUCAUGUACUGGAGUAGAAGACCAUAUCAUACUGAUUCAAUAUGAGAGGCUGAGUAUAAACCUUCGUAACAGUGAUUCGUCCAAACUUCCUGGCAGAUCCCAGUUUGUCUAAGAACCACCAUCAACCUACUUUCACAAGAAAGGGAGAAAGAAAGAAAAGAAAAGGUUUGACUCAGUUCUCCUCGCAUCAGGGUGAUUUGUUCAAAUUGUUUCUUGAGAACAUUGCAAGCCUUGGAUUCCAAUUGUCUGGGCCACUUGUUGUAACAUGGAGAUAUUGUAUAGCCACAUUCAUGUAUUAUCAACGAAAUUCAAAUUCAUUGUGCUAAGAAUUUGAUCAUAAACAAGUAUUGUACAUAAUGGAAAUAGUCCCUAGAUCUCUCUCUUUCUGCAUGUGUCUGUUGGACCUUGGUAUAUAAUCUGUGAUUAAGCACUUGGAUGUAAAUAAAAUUCAAAAAAAAAAAAAAAAACCUGUAGAAAUCCAAAAUAAUCAAAAUAGGGCAUUUUAGUCAUCGUGUGGAGCUCAAUCGAUUUAGCAUAUUGAGUUGGUGAUUGAGAAGGCAGCCUCCCGUGCAGCUCUCUCUAUGAACAGGGGGACACAGAAGAGGAGGAAGAAGGAGAAAGAGGGCAGGAAAAAGAGGGGAAGAGAAAGAAAAAAUGUAAGGUAUGAAAUUCUAACCAACCCCAUGUCUUUGCUAUAUAUCUUGAGUUUUUGCAUUAUUAUCCUCAUUAUAUUGAUUAUGAACUGUUGAUAUAUUGGUUGCACUGCCUUUAUACUUUGCCUUUAAAAUUGAGGCAGCUCUUUUGCUUGAGAAAUUACUAGAUGAUAGUCUUGGACCAUUAUUGCUUGUACAAUCUCAUGUCAUGAUCAAAUGUUGUUUAACCUUCUUAUAUUUGGCGCAACGGUAAGGUUGUUAUAUUGUUACCUGCAAGUCAUAGGUUCCAAACAAAAAUCAAUCUCUCUGGGGUGAUAAGAUUGAAUACAUUUCUCUCCCCUGCGUCGGGUGCCUUGUGCAUUGGGUUGACCCAAAUCAACAUAAACUUCAGAUGAAAUCGAAAAAGGGCAAGUGAUACCAGAAUUGAGAUUUGAGAAUAGAAACAAAUACAUUUCUAGGGAGUGGUUCAGAUUGAUUGGUUCUGGUGGUGUUCCCGGAUUUUGUUUGGAUUAGGCAUCCUUGUCUCGGGCUGUGAUAUGAAGUUCUCUUUUGUGGCUUUGGAUACAGCAGGACCUGUUGCUCUUAUUUUUGUGGCCUCUAAUCUGGCCUGUUGUUUUGUCGAGGGUGGUUUGCUCUCAGUGUCUUCUAAUUCUUUUUAGUUCUGAAUUAAUUAGGAAGGAAUGUUGAUAGAUGUUGAUCAAGACAGAGCACAUCUAAGUUAGUGAAAGAGGAAGAUUUUCUUUCGUAGCGGCGAAGAAUGCAAACCUGUCAUCCACUUGAAUAGUGUGACUAAUAACAAACAUUACCCCAUGCUCAACAACCCAACCUAACUUCCAAACCAAAUUCAAAAGCAACCUCAUUUAGCUUAGAUUUUGACCUAACAACUUCUAUCACCACCAAUUCUUACUUGAACCAUUGAAAUUGAACUUCCAUUUAAAGCAAAUGCUUGAAAGAAUCGAGAAUGGCACAACACCAGUGGCCUGGAAUGGUUCAGCCACAAGAGAGUUAGUCCAAAUUUAGUCCCAUUCUAUGUGUCCCCACUUCAAUUUUAGCCCCAUUUUUCAAACCUCCACCAAGUCACAGUCAAGAAUUGCUUGCCUUCCAAGUUCUAAUACAAUAUUAUUUGGUCUGUGUUUGUAUGUGUAUAUAUAUUAUUUCUAUAUAUAUAGCUUCUCCAGAGUCUAGACCUCCCAACCUUGUUACAUAAACCAAACCAACCACUCAUUUUGGCUAUAUUAGUCUGUAUUUUGUGCCAUGGCAUUAGCUGGAACUGCUAGUCUAGCAGAAGUCUACAUGAUGCAAAAGCUGCAUAAGGAGAAGAUGAAGAGCAUGGAAGAUGAAAAAAAUGGACGAGAAGUGAGUGCUCAAGCCGAAGGAAAGAGUACUUCUAGUGGUGGUUUCUUCGCGGUGUUUAAGAAGAUCCAUCCCACUGUUGUGCCCUCCCCGGAUUCGACCAGAGAGCAAGCCGGGACAGGGGAUCAUGAGAGUUGAGUUGGGAUCAAAUGGUGUUUUGUAAACACUUUUGGGUUGUAAACCUGUAUUAAGCUACCGUAUUUCGUAGUGAAAAACUUUCAAGUUGACUGUUUAGAGAACCAGUAAAUUAAUAGCUUAAUCUUCGAUUGUGUUGGUUGUGGCGCGUAUGGUUAUAAGAUUUAUUUGGAUCUUAUUGCAGGCGCGUAUGGUUAUAAGAUUUAUUUGGAUCUUAUUGCA